AUGCGCGGCGAGAUCUGCCAUCUUCACAUCGGCCAGGCCGGUACCCAGCUGGGUAACGCUGCGUGGGAGCUGUACUUGCUCGAGCACGGGCUGAAGCCCGAUGGUCGCUUUGACCCCGAGAGCACCGACGAGACCAGCCAGGGUGGCUCGUACGACACCUUCUUUACGGAGACCAGCUCUGGCAAAUACGUUCCCCGCUCCAUCUUCGUUGAUCUCGACCCCUCGCCCAUUGACGAGAUCCGCACUGGUAACUACCGCCAGCUGUUCCACCCUGAGCAGUUGAUCAGUGGCAAGGAGGAUGCCGCUAACAACUAUGCUCGUGGCCACUACACCAUCGGCAAGGAGCUUGUUGACGAGGUCAUUGACCGUAUUCGCCGUGUUGCCGACAACUGCACUUCACUGCAGGGCUUCCUGAUUUUCCACUCUUUCGGCGGUGGUACUGGCUCUGGUUUCGGUGCUCUUCUGCUGGAGCGUCUUUCUGCCGAGUAUGGCAAGAAGUGCAAGCUCGAGUUUUCGGUCUACCCGUCGCCCCGCGUGUCGACUGCCGUGGUGGAGCCGUACAACGCCGUCCUGUCCACCCACAGCACCAUUGAGAACUCCGACUGCACUUUCCUGGUUGACAACGAGGCCGUUUACGACAUCUGCCGCCGCAACCUGGACAUCCCCCGUCCUGGCUAUGACCACCUCAACCGCCUUAUUGCCCAGGUGGUCAGCUCUAUCACCUCCAGUCUGCGCUUCGACGGUGCUCUCAAUGUCGACCUGAACGAGUUCCAGACUAACCUGGUGCCGUACCCGCGUAUCCACUACCCUCUGAUCUCGUAUGCCCCUGUGGUCUCGGCCAACCGUAGCUCUCACGAGAGCUUCAAGGUGCAGGAUCUCACCUUCCAGUGCUUCGAGCCCAACAACCAGAUGGUCGUUUGCGACCCCCGCAAUGGCAAGUACAUGGCCGUGGCCCUGCUGUACCGCGGUGACGUUGUGCCCCGCGAAUGCAACCAGGCCGUGGCCUCGGUCAAGGCCAAGGCGUCCUUCAACCUGGUCGAGUGGUGCCCGACUGGAUUCAAGUUGGGCAUCAACUACCAGAAGCCCAUGCGCGUGCCCGACAGCGAGCUCGCCCCCGUCGACCGCUCGGUCAGCAUGCUCUCCAACACCACCGCUAUUGCUGACGCCUGGAACCGCCUCGACCACAAGUUCGACCUCAUGUACUCCAAGCGCGCCUUCGUCCACUGGUACGUGGGUGAGGGUAUGGAGGAGGGUGAGUUCUCCGAGGCCCGUGAGGACCUUGCUGCCCUGGAGAAGGACUACGAGGAGGUCGCUGGCGACAGCGUCGAGGAGGAAGAUGAGGGCGAACUCGAGUACUGA